AUGCCCAUCGACUAUUCCAAAUGGGAUGCCUUACUUGUCACUAGUAGUGAUGAUGAACCAGAUAGGCCAAUUGUAACAAAAUUUGACAAGCCUAAAACUGUAACUAUUCCAUAUUGCAGUUCAGAUAAUCUUGCUCAAAAUAACACUUCAAACGUUUCUAGUGACAAAGUACCUACACGAGAACCUCAAAGGCGUAAACUAGAAAACUACUGUAUAAAUGGUGGUAUAGUAGACAAUUGCUAUGCUUGGGGUCAAUCUAGAUUUAAUGUUUGGGCCAUAAUAUCACUACCCCCAGACACUAAAGGUAAAAAUCUAAACGUGGUAUUAACAAAUGAAUCAUUAACAAUAACAGAUGUAUCAUUACCAGUCGUUAUAAUUGAUAAAACAUUCCCUUUCACCGUUAACAGUGAAUACGAUUACUACAAUUGGGAAAUAUUACCUCAUUGUAACUUUGUAAAUGAUGAUCCGUUCAACAAAUUAUUUCACAAAAGGGUCAUCUUUGAAAUCACAUUAACUAAAUUGGAAAAAUUUGAAGCCAUUUGUUCCUGGUGGCCUUGUUUUUUUCAGGGAGACCCUUCUGUAGAUGUGGAGAGUUUUAAGGAUAGGAAAGGAGAUAAUAAGAGUUUUAUGAAGAAUUGGGAGGAAGCAAAUCGCAUGUUUAGAGAAAAAGUGGCUAAUUUUCAAAAAAUUGAACUAUAA